UCCUCGGGAGAUGUCUCCUUUCAAAAAAAAAAGGUGGAGAAAAAUCAGUCACAUGAUACAGAUAACAUGAUUUGGAGCAUGACCAUAAAUCAUGUGAUUGAACCGGUGACAUUUUAAUAUUUUUAAUUUGAGACGGUGAUCAAAUAGCUUACCAAAUACUUUAUUUUAAAGUUAAGAUUAAAUAUUCUAAUAUUAAAAAGUACAUCAUUUUUCUAUAUACUAGGAUGUUAUUUUCUAUUCAUACCGUGGGAGCAGCUCUCCUUACCCUAGGAUCAGUGGUUGCCAUUGAUUGUUCUGUGAAAGAACUUGUUCCUUUUGACUUUCAAGCCAUCAAGGGGAUUCAUUCGGUUUCAACUAUAAAGGAUACUCCUCCAUCUCAUACCAAUAUCACCUGGUCAUUUGGAAUUUGUCAAUCUAUUAAUGAUGAAGUGGCCAAUUGUCCUAAGAAUUCCGAUGUUUGUGGUAUAACUUCCAUUACAUUUGAAAAGGAUCCAAAUCCUCAAGUAUAUGAAAUCAUUGGUUUCAAUUCAAAUUUACAAAAAUCUUAUGAAUCUACCUUAACAGGUGAUAACAUAGGAGUUACUAUUAAAUAUACAGGUGCAAAUUGGGGAAAUAAUUUAGUUAAUGCUGAAUUAAAUUUCGUUUGUCCUGGUAAAGAUGAUUCAAAAGAUGAUUUAGAUAGAUUUGUAUUAGAUAAAUGGGAUAAUGAAAAUUUAAAAGCUACUAUGAGAACAAAAGCUGCAUGUGUCACUAGUGAAGGCGAUAAAACUCCUCCUUCAAAAACUCCAGAUAAAAGUAAUGGUAGACAACCAGAUAAUGGUGAAUCUUGGGGUUGGUUUACUUGGAUCUUUAUCUUUUUGGUUUUAUUCUUAAGUAUCUAUAUCGUUGGUGGAGCUUGGUUUCAAUAUAAUAAAGGGAAUGCCAUUGAUUUCUCAACUGCAUUAAGAGAAGUAUUAGAUAAUUUCAUUGAUUUAUUAAAGGGUUUACCAAGUUUCAGUAGAGAAAUUAUUGAAAAAUUUACUGGUAAUCAUAACAGGGGCGAAUAUAGUGCUGUUUAACUUCCCCAUCAUCAUUAUUAUUGUAAGGUUUUUUUGUAUAUAUUUCAUUCAUUGAGAAACCCAACCAACCAACCAACCAACCAACGCAAUGCAUUUCAUUACAUUCCAUUGCAAUGUCACUGUUAUUAUGUAAAUUAGAAUACCUUCAUUAGUAUAAUUUAAAGCUUUUAUUUAUGAAUUACA